AGUGCCAAAGGGAACCCGAGGCAGAGCGGCAGUCUGUUCUGUGUGUGAGGGUUGAACGCAGCCGAGCGCCAGCCCUGUCUACCCAUCCCUCGCAUCCCGUCUCGCCCCAGUAUCGCAUCGCUCGGCAACUCUUCUUCUCCCACUCCCCCUCCCCUUCAUCCUUCCCUUCCCCAGCAGUUGUCACAGAGUUUUUUCGCUAUUCUUCUUGUGUUCACUGACUUUGUUUCGAAGUUUCUGCAUCUUUUGUGUUCUCAAGUUUUAUCGGAGCGAACAUUACAGCGCCGAUAUGGUUGUGCGGUGGUGGAAGUGACGGCGAAAGAGAGAGAGAGAGAGAGAGAGAGAGAGAGAGAGAGAGAGAGAGAGAGAGAGAGAGAGAGAGAGAGAGAGAGAGAGAGAGAGAGAGAGAGAUUGUGUCCAUUGGCAUACGAGUAAAAAAAAGUAGUGACAAACAUUUACUACACAAAGCAACAAAAGGAAAGGAGAGAGAAAAAACACCAAGCAAAAAACUUAACACAACUUUCCCAUAGAAACUUGAAAGGAGAGACGCUGGUGGAGGGAAAACAGUGCCACUUGAACUGAGGGAAAAAGAAAAAGAAAAAAAAGAAAAGGAAACAGGAAGAUCUGCUCCAUCAAGACACAGUGAUAACUUUAGCGGCGGGAAGAAAGUGCAAGGCCAGCGUGAGUGCGUGUGUACGUGUGUGUAUGUCUGCGUGCGUGUGUGUGUAUGAGUGAGCGACUUCUGGCACCGUCGUCACCUGCAGGAGGAAGCUCGCGUCCCCAAGAAGCUGACAACUGAGUUCAAAAUCACAAGACACAAGACUGAGCGAAGACAACACUUAGAAGAGAUUGUCUCAUCCCACGGAGCACCAGACACGGACCCUGGAUCUUGGAAACUUGGAACCCGGAAGCUGAAACCCUGAGUCCUUUACCUGUAGCACCUGUGGACCUCAUGUGUGACCUUACCUGAAAUAUUCACGAGCGAGGCCCCCAUGCUCACCUGUACAGUGGCAGUGGCGGGAGAUGGAAUGAGAGAGCGAGAAGGCAAAAGCGAGAAAAUACAGAAAGAAGAUAAGAAAUGGUAGAGAAAUAGAAACUAGAGAGAUAAUUAGAGAGGAUACGAAUGAAAGGUUGAGAAGGGAAGGAAGAUAGAUGUGAUUGAGAGAAAUACUAGAGAUAGAGAGAAAAAGAAAGAUAGAAGAGGAUAAAAAAGCAAAGAAACAAUAACGAAAGAAGGUUUAGGACAGAUGAUAAAGAGAUUACAAACGAAAACAAGCGGAAAAUGUAACAAAAAUACAAAUAGGAACAAAUAUAAAAACGAUAAAAUAAACAAGAACUAAAACCAGACAGUAACUUGGGAAUACAAAUAGAAACAUAACGAGGCAGAGAAAAAAAUCUACAUAGAAAAAAAACAGAAAAUGAGAUGAAAAAAAUAAAGGAAAAAGAAAGUAACUGCGAAAUAAGAGUCAGUUAUCACUACGCAUUAAAUUGAAAAUAUUAAAAGUACAAAAAAGUGAAGCAAAACAAAAAACGUAGAGUCCAUCAAGCGAAGGACAGGUGACGCUCAACACAAAAAACAACUUCCUCAAAUCAAUGAAGAAUCAAAACUACAAAAAGCCAAAUAAAAAAAAUAACAAUAACAUAUAAAUAAAAAGAGCAGUGGACACAUAGCACAUCAAUUAACAAGCCACUAAAAAUAAAAAAAAAAUAAGAACGAAACUGCAGUGAAACGAAGCAACAGUGAGAGAUAGAUUUUAAUGGGAGACUCUAACAAACAGACGAACCUCUCAACUAACGCUCCCCUUGGCGAUAUUAGGAAGAAGAAAGGAGUAGUAAUGCCAAAAACAAAGCUUCAAUAGACAACACAACACUGGGGAAGGUCAAAAUAACUAACAAAACACGGGAAAUGUGAGGGGAUUCUGAAGUCUUUUAUUUGUCACCACUGGAGCUGCCAACAUGGAUAUCGAGGGAGACAAUACAGAAGUGCCCAUGGAUGAGGAGAAUGGUAUUGAGCCUUUCCUCACCUUCCUGCCGCCCUACAUCCUCUGCAACACCACCAACUACACCAAACUCCCGCUGUGCAAUAAUGAAACGAAGGUGGUGGAUGAGCCUGAGUUUGAGUAUGCCUUCAUCGUGGCCAUCGUGGUGCCCAUCAUCUUCGGCAUCAUCGUCCUGGUGGGGCUUUUCGGCAACACACUGGUGGUCAUCGUCAUCAUUGCCAACAAGCAGAUGAGGUCCACUACUAACUAUCUUAUCUUCAGCUUAGCCAUGGCAGACUUACUAUUCAUCGUUUUCUGCGUGCCGUUCACCGCCUCGGACUACAUCCUGCCCUCGUGGCCCUUCGGGAGCAUCUGGUGCCAGACGGUGCAAUAUCUCACUUACGUCACUGCCUACGCCUCGGUCUACACACUCCUGCUCCUCUCCCUCGACCGCUUUCUGGCCGUGGUUCACCCGAUAACAGCCCUCAGCAUACGCACAGAACGCAACGCCCUCUACGCCAUUUGCUGCAGCUGGAUCCUCAUUCUGACCUCCUGCAUCCCGCUUUACCUGUGUCACGGGAUCAAGAAGCAGAAUUUUGACGGCAAGGUGUACAUCCACUGCGGCUUCCUCGAUGAAGACUAUAACCAUAUGGCUUUCCACAUCGGCUUCAUCACCACCAUGUACUUCGUUCCCCUGGCGGUGAUCGUGGUGCUGUACCUCAUGAUCCUGAAUCGCCUGUGGUAUGGCGUGGUACCUGGCGGGAAGAGCAGCGCGGAGAGUGUGCGGGGCAAGAAGAGAGUAACCCGCAUGGUGGUGAUUGUGGUGGUGACGUUUAUCGUGUGCUGGUUCCCGAUCCAGCUGGUGUUGUUGUUGAAGUCUCUGGGGAUCUACGAGAUGACCACCAUUAAGAUCAUCAUGCAGAUCGCGGCGCAGGUUCUCGCUUACAUCAACUCGUGCGUCAACCCGAUACUGUACGCCUUCCUCUCAGACCCCUUCAGGAAGGCGUUCAGAAAGGUAAUAUCCUGCGGCCCACAGCGGAGGAUGAUGGCCUUGAACGGACGCACGGACGGAGAGAAGUCGAUGGAAAGUCGCCCAUUGAACCCAAAGCCGAGUCCCCAAACGGUGCCAAUGACGCAGUUUAUGAGCAGUGCACACCACCUCAGCCCCUCAGUCAACCCCCUGAGGCACACCAACACCACCUCCAUCACCACCACGUCCUUCACCAACGGCGCCACGAGAGAGGACAACACCGCGAGGCACAACAUAGAGGCUGGCUUCAUGGAGCACAAGAACUCAAACUGUGGGGUGGGUUGGGGGACACUUCCUGUAACUCUAGUGUGAUCUGUGAAUAGCGACACCCCGGCGCCUCCCAGCUCGUCUGAGAGUCACGUAGAAGUGCCCCUCUCAUCACCACCUCAUCCACCACCACCACUACCAUCGCCACCCACUCACCAAACAUCCCACCCCAUUUCACCCCAACAUCCCAGCAUCCACCACCUCCCUCAUCCCAUUCUCCCCCAGUAUCCAUGAAUGACUAAAAAAGGUGUUGUUGUUUUAAGUUCCCAACGAGGACCUUUUGGUAAUGUUUUGGAAUUCAUCUCUGGAGCUUUUGGAGAGCUUUGCGAGGCGGGAAGAGAGAGACACCAACGCAUUCACUGGUGUCGCUUGGGACUCACUGCUGGGUGUGACAGCGAAGUGUGAAUACAAGUAUAUAAAAAGUAUAUAUAUUUUUGUAAAUAAACGAAUCUUAUUAAUGCGUCUAGAGAAACAAUUAUGGAUCUUCUUUGUUUGUUGUAUUGAUAAGUUAAAGGAUUCGGCAUGACUGCGUGUGCGCGUGGGCGUGUAUGCGUGUGUGCGUGUCUGCAUGUGCGUCUCUGUGUGUGUGUGUGUGUGUGUGUGUGUGUGUGUGUGUGUGUGUGUGUGUGUGUGUGUGUGUGUGUGUGUGUGUGUGUGUGUGUGUGUAAGGGAAAGAGAGAGCAGGUGCAGAUGUUUGUUGGCGAAUAUGGACACUUACAAGGGCGUGUGUGUGAGAGAGUCUGGACGUCUGUAUGUACACGACAGAAUCCUGCAGUGUUUUCCAUACAUCGACUUGGCCAUUCAAAACCGAACGAGCUGCCCAACAGGACCUACACACGGCCCUUCCACAACAAACACCCUCCCCCAUUGCCCCUUGACCCCCGAGGCCGCCGCUGAAGGGACUGAAUGGUAACUGAUAACUCAUACACGGAUGGCAAACUGUUGAUACUACUUUUAAUCACACAUCAAUCAUUGUAUUAUCUGUUAGUUGUGUUGGACGUGCACAAUACGUAAUGCUCAAGACGUGACCUUCGCCUGUACUGAGAAGGAAGCAAGAGGGACGACUAAGGGUAAAGUUAUCAUGCCAUUGAGCCCCGCAUGUUAACCUUACCUUGACGCCCUCUCCGCCUCCCACACACCCUCCCCUCCAAUUAACCUUGUGCCUGGAAAUCUGCUCCCCUCUUCUGCUAUUGACGUAGGGAUCAGCUUUUCUACGCAUCCCCUCCUUUUCAGAUUCUCCUCUUUUCCCCUCCUUGCCCUCUUUCUCCCUCCCCCCGUGGUCAUGUGAUAUAGCAACGGUCAUCCCUUAUCGUCGUGUUGGACUUUUAUCUGAUUUUUAAGUCCUUUUAGUAGGUCUUUAAGGUUUGUUCUUCAAGGUCCCAAAGGACAGGACCUCAUCGCCUCCCUGUACAUAAACAAAAACGAGGAAUGAUCGCGGUGUUUUGUAGCCGUGGAGUGACUGGUCAUGGAGGAGGAGGAGGAGACGAAGAAGAGAGAAGGAAGCAAAAUAUUUAUAGUUACUUGUUAUGGAGGAGAGAAAGGUGAGGAAAAAGGAAUGUAAAUGAGAGAGAGAGAGAGAGAGAG